UUAGGCCCGUGCGUCAAUGACGUCAUCAGCAGGGUUCUUCCGCUACCGGCAGAGUGAACGUGAACUGGUACGACUCGGGGAAAAGCAGAAGUAGCAUCUACAGUUAAACACACAGCCCUGUGUUGGAUACGGAACCAGAACCGAAAAAAACCCAACUCAUCGUAUUCCAGAACCGUGACAGAUCAUCGAAUCCAGGAGCAUGGCUGUAAACGUCUACGCCACCUCGGUGACCAGUGAGAACUUGAGCCGCCAUGACAUGCUGGUCUGGAUAAACGAGUCUCUGCAGAUGAACCUCACCAAGGUGGAGAUGCUGUGCACAGGUGCUGCGUACUGCCAGUUCAUGGACAUGCUGUUCCCCAACUCGGUUCCUCUGAAGAAAGUCAAGUUCGGGGCCAAGCUGGAGCACGAAUACAUCCAUAACUACAAGCUCCUGCAAGUUGGAUUCAAAAAGAUGGGAGUUGACAAAAUCAUCCCUGUGGACAAGCUGGUGAAGGGGAAGUUCCAGGACAACUUUGAGUUUGUCCAGUGGUUUAAGAAGUUCUUUGAUGCCAACUAUGACGGGAAAGAGUACGACCCAGUGGGGGCCAGGCAGGGGCAGGAUGCCAUGCCUGCACUCAAUGCCACCUCAUCCGCUCUCAACAAACCCCCCAAAAAGGCCCUCAGCCAAGCUCCUCAGAGGCCACCUGUUGCCAAGGUGGCCCCAAAGGUGGCCCCCGUCAGCGCAAGAAAACCUGGAAUGGUUGGGGCUGAUGAGGAGAGGGCGGAGCUCCUCAACGAGCUGGAGAUUCUGAAAUCAACCAUUCAGGACAUGGAAAAGGAGAGAGACUUUUACUUUGGAAAGUUGAGAAACAUUGAGCUGAUCUGCCAGGAAAAAGAAGGAGAAGGCGACCCCACCCUUCAGCGGAUCAUAGACAUCCUCUACGCCACGGAUGAGGGUUUUGUGAUUCCAGAUGCUGAGGAACAGGAGGAGUUUUAACUGAAGACUGCAAGCAACCACUCUGACGUUCUCACCUACUACCCACCUUAGAGACCCUCCUGAAGCAAAGACUGGUUUUCUGUUCCGCCCCCCGCCCUCAAAGACUCGUUCUGGCCGUCCCAUUCCUCCCACACCUCUGGUCUGACCCCCUCUGCUGUUCUUCAGGCUCUGCCGCCGUUUGGUGCCUUUUCUUUCAAUUACAGAAGGUGCGUUCUCUCAGAAGAAAAGCCUCGACCACAAAGUUCCGGAAAGUUCUGUGGAGAAGACAUUGGCGGGUGCUGGUGCUCACAACAAUGAGCGGCUGAAGAGCCCCUGCCAACACGACAGGCUGGUGAUCAAAGGAAGCAGGGAGAUGGUUGCACUGGCCGCCGUUUCACACCAAUCCAAAACUGUUCCAACAUGAUUUGUUUUUAACACAAGCUGCUUGUUUUCAAUUCCAGGCUGAAUAAAUAAAGAUUGUAUAGAAAGCGGCCUGUUGUUGAGGUGGUGAAGGUCACACAGGAGGCCGUCAGCGUGACAGUUUGGAGCUGUGGUUGAGAAACGCCAGCUGCCCUUAAGGUGACUGUGCUUUGCUCAUGGAAAGCCUCCAGCACUCCCGUCCGUCCGUCCGCAUCGUCUCUGACUGAUGCUGGAUCCCACUGGCUCCGUUUGAGUUUGACGUUUCACACAGACUGCGAAGCCUCGCGUUUUUAUGAUACUCUGGUGUUUGUCACGUUUGACCUGAAGGCCUCUUUCAUUCACAAACAACCAUCUCAUCUGCUUCCUUCUUGUUUGAACUUGAAUGUUUGUGGUUUCCAAAUCUUUUGAAGGAAGGACUUCCAUCGGGUUCUUCUGUCUGAGUCUUGUGCCUGGACUUCCUGUGAACCGGCGUGCAGAAGAGUGCAGCCCUUUCCCUGGCGUGUUGAGACUUUUCUGCGUGCCGCCUUUCGUAAACACUGCCUCAGUCUUUUCUCGUUCUUGAUGGUUGCCUUCUGUAGGAUCAGAGUUUUUUUUUUUUUUUCCCAAGAAUGUAUGCAGUCCAAAUCUGGGGUGAGUGUUGUGGCUUUGAUCUGGAGCUUCUGUGUGGGCGUCGGCUCCUCUCUGCAGAGCCGUUCAGCUCUCCUGCAGCACAUCACAAAACACUGUGGCCCAGCAUUUCUAAAUACUCCACAAUCCUUUUUAAUGCUCUCUCUAUUGAGCUGUUUGACCAGAACUUUGUAAACUUCCCUGCAGCUCUUUUGUGCUGCCUUUUGUGUAUUUUUCAUUGUUUAAAGGACGUGAAACACAGUCUUCGGCUCCAUUUCAGCUGAAAUGAACAGUGUCCCCUCCAUCCCACAUCUGUUAUGAACCUUUGUCAUUAUAGUGAAUGAUCAGAGCGGGCUGCUUCUGUGAGAACGGCGUCCGAACGGCAUCCGCUUGACCUGGUAGGGGCUGCAGAGAGAGGGAGGAGCAGAAAACCUGAUCCCCGCCUGCCUUUUGCAGCACUGCCGGUCAGUGGCGUGCCGCUGUUCUCGUCGACUGAUCUCCGGUUGAGUGUAGGUAAAUUCAGACUCUUCUGCACAGGAUGUUUCAGAUCCGGUGCAUCAGUGCCACUUCCAGAAAAACGGCUUCCAACCACUGUUUUCUCCCAUGAGCCCAUCUGUUAUUUGAUGUUUGUUGCUGUGCUUGACUCGGUUCCUAAAACCUUUUGUACGGACAUUAAAACAGUAUUUGUUAGUCAG